AUUUAGAUUUUAUUUAAUAGCAAAAGUGCAUCUCUCAAUAUUUAAAUAUAGUAUUUCUCUGUUUAUAUACUCACUUUCUUACAUGAUCUGUUUUGCUGUAAGCUGACUGGCGAGUGAUAGUGAAAGUCUUCUGUGGGGAACACAUUCAGUCCAGCGAUUACCAUGAGUUUAAGACAGCCAAGUCUUUCACCCAGCAAACCGACUCUAAUUCAUCAAGGUCCUCCAAAACGAUUUCGUCUAGACACAAAGAGAAGACCGCUUGACGAAAGCGGGAAAGUCAGAAAAUGGACUUAUGGGAGAAAGGACACCAGUAAACCAAACAAAAUUGUUUUGCUGGUGGGAGAGACUGGAGCUGGCAAGACAACUCUCAUCAACACCAUGGUCAACUACAUACUAGGAGUGAAGUUUGAAGAUGAAAUAUGGUAUGAAAUCACAGAAGAAGAAGCUAGAGACCAAUCAGAAUCACAAACCUCUGAAAUCACCAUGUAUGAGGUCUGUCCUGAAAAAAGUUCCAUAUCUCUCACCAUCGUUGAUACUCCAGGCUACGGAGACACUAGGGGACUUGAAAAAGAUCUGGAUGUUGCUGCAAAUUUAGCCACUCUGUUUCAGAGCAGUAAUGGAGUUCGUGAAGUUGAUGGCGUGUGUUUUGUGAUUCAAGCAUCUAAGAAUCGUCUCUCAGACAGGCAGCAUUACAUUAUCAGUUCAAUUCUGUCUUUGUUUGGAAAUGACAUUGUUAACAACAUUGUGUUUUUAAUCACACACUCUGAUGGUAUGGAACCCAAAAAUGUCCUUGGUGCUAUCAAUAAAGCUAAAAUCCCCUGCAGACGAGACAAAAGUGGCCAACCUGUUUAUUUCUUAUACAACAAUCGGCAGGCUGAAGCCCAAAACAAUGAAAGCCGUUACCGCCGUUCUCAAAAAGAUGCUUGGGAAAACAGCAUGGAAGAGACAAAGCAAUUGCUUCAGUCUCUGGAUGAAAAGAACAGAAGAAGUUUAGAGUUGACUUCAGAUGUCCUCAUAGAACGCAUUCAAUUAGAAGCACUCAUCUGCAACUUACAGCUGCGAGUUGAAGAGAAAGAGUCCAAGAAAUUUGAAAAAAUUCAGAUUCAGGAGGCAAUUAAACAAAACAAGGAAAAGAUUGACACUAGUACAGACUUUAGCAUUAGAGUCAAAAAGACAAUUAAAGUAAAGGUGGCCAUUGAAAGUGCUUCAUGGAAGAACAGGAAGGCAACAAUCUGCACCGUCUGCGAGGAAAACUGUCAUGAGUUUGACUGCUGGUUUGUUUCUGAUCCCAGCAAUUGUGAAGUCAUGAGUAAAGGCUACUGCACUGUGUGCACUGGGAAGUGUCAUCACAGCAAACAUGUAAAAGAAAACAAGAAAUAUGUCAUCAGCACAUCAAACGUUAUGAUGCAAUUAGAUGAAUUAAAAAAGGUAUGCGGAGAUGCUAAAAACAGGAGGUUUUCUGUUGUAAUGGAUGAUCUUGAUAAAGAACUGCAGGAGCUUGAGGAUCAAAAGAAAAUUAUUCUGUUUAAUGCUUACAAGACCAUCAAGCAUCUGUCUCAGAUCGCAUUAAAGCCAGACUCUGCCUUCACUCUUCAGCAUCUCGACUUCUUCAUCCCCAGACUGAAGGAGGCUGGGAAAGAAAACUGGGUCAAAGAGCUUGAAGAAAUGAUGAGAACAGCUAAAGCUGUGGAAGCAAAUAAAGAUGCUCUGAGUUACCUUAAAGCUGGUCUGACAAAACUAUUCAUUGGUGUGAACAAAGUCAAAGAAGACAAGAGAUGAAUCAAUGAAAAUAAAUAAGACUGCUUGAAAUGAGAAAUCAGUAAAAGUGACUUUCUGUAGAGCUGAAAAUUAGAAAUUCCAUUUAAUCAUUGUAUCAAGCUGUUUUUGGUGUUUAUUUAAUAGGCAAA